UUUAGUUAUUCUAAUAUUUCUUUUUUGAGGACAUUGACACAUCCAACACCUCACACACUGCAUGUGUAUCUUAAGCUAACUGUACAGACAACCCUUCGCCUAUUGCAUAUAUAGCACUAAGACAGUUAAAAAUAUACCCCCACACAAUCACAAAUUCAUACAUACUUAUUCACUCCAGUCUACUGAAAAACGCGCACACAUGACAGACAGCUGGGGAAAGGUGAGGUGAAGGGAAAAACACUGAUAAACAGAAAUGCAGACUAAUUUUAGAGGGUCACGGAUGAUAAUAGCCCAAAGAGCAAAAGGGGAACUGGAGAGGCGGGCACGAGCACAGCUGAGGGCCCAAAAUAUGACUCGUCGCUCACAAACUGAGUCUCAUACUGGACGGUUCCUCCAAUCCCAUAGACCCCUGAGUCAGUGAUAGAGCUGUGAUUGGUUAACUUACAUGACACGGCGGCUGUGAUCGCUAUAAUAGAGAUAAUCCCACAUUGACAACUGUGAGGGGUCGUUUAGCGUUUAGUCUGGAAGCGUAAUGGUUUUUGGAUUAGGGCGACCAUCGCCUCAGUGAGUAGGAGGGAGAUGCACUGGUUUUCCAUCCCGGGUUGGACUUCGAGGAGGAACGAGAAAGCAAUUCUGCUGCUCAGAGGAUCUCGGCUUACACCAGCGACAGGAAUCUGACGGCUGGGUGUGUGAGAGGCGACGGGCGUCACGGAUCUGACUCUGAUCUCCACACAUGUCCCCCUCAGUCCAACGGUCACGUGUCCUCUGAGGUGGAAGGAUUGAAACUCGCACAAGGUGUGGAGGCAGAUGAGAAGUGCGUAUCACGUUCCUUCAUUGAGGGAAAUGGAACGCACAAGGCUUCAAACAUUGAGAACUUGAAACCAGUGAAGCCAGAAGAGAGCAGCGAUACGAUUUCAGAGUUUAUUAUGCCGUUUGCUCCACUAAGCACUGGAAAUAAUUUUCUCCAUCAUGGUGUUGUAUUAAAAGAAGACGUUUCUCAAGCUGUUGUUUCUCACCAAGGGAUUGUUAUCGAUACCUGCCUUAAACCAUCCAUCGAGAGUGGACAAGAUUUAAAAUAUAGUGACGAUUCUUCUGAAGACCGCUUCAUAGAUCAGUCUUCAUCUUCAUCAGAUGGUCCUUCUAUGAGGGACUCUGGGACAAAGUACAGAAAUACACGUGACAUCAGUAAAGAGCUUUCUAACUUCAUUUUACUCACAGGAGAGCGUUUCGUGCUCUCCGAGAGCAAACGUGUUGCAUAUGUCACUUUAGAUUUGGAUGAACCCAGAUAUCUGAAUCGUUCGUCCUUUUCCAACCACGUCAACACUGAAAGGCAAAACUGCAGCUGUGCGGCACAACCUAAAAAAGACAAAAUGCCUCAAAAAACUUCUAGGACAUCAGACGGCAAAGCACGCGCAAAGCAUAAGGACCAAUCGGCAGACCCGCAUGGGAUUCAUACAUCAAAAAAGCAAGAGAAACCACCGUCGGAAAAGAAAGGUGAAUUGCAAGCAACUGGUUGUGAGGAUGGUGCAGUUACUGUCAUCGAAACCAUUGUCAUAACGGAAAAAAUCACUCCUAAAGCCCACGGGAAGAAGAAGAAAAAGCACGUGCAGCAUGGGGCGGCAAAACCCGAGACUGAGCCGACGACCAGAACUACUGAGAAGAACACAAAUAGCAAGAGUGAAAACCUUGAAGUAAAGGUGGCAUCAAAUGGUCUGGAUAAACCAGAUGCUCAUCUUUCCACUAGGGUGGAUACUGGCGACAAAAAUAGCACGCAGAAACCAAUGUCAGUGAGACCCAAAGUAGAGGCCAGUUGUAGUAUUAUUGCCAAAAAGAUGGUCCAGGCCCACACAGACAUGGGUCAGAAAAUCAUCCCUGUUAAACCCAAAGCAGACAUUAGUAGGACUGACGUGGCCAAGAAUCAAAAUCAGACAUGCAACUCAUCUCAGAGCACGUGUUUAUCUGGCACGAUAAGUGAUGACAUCAAACGCAGACGGAUCGCAAAUGACUUGCCGGGAACAAUUCCCGUAAAGACAAGACCACAGUUGCCCGCAAUUUUCCGCCAAGCAAGAAAAGAUGGAGAAGAGGUUACCAAGAGAGCUUACAGUGAGGUGGUCAAGCAGAAGACUCCAACACCAAAAGAAGUUGUGGUUCCUUGCGUAGUCUCAGAGAUCCAGGCUGAGCCAUUACCUGCUGACCCUCAAAACAUCUCCCUGUGGUGCCGGUUCAACCCAGUUCCACAUGAUGCAACUAUUAAGUGGACUAAAGAGGGAACAGUACUGUCCGAGAGCAAGAAAGGUGAAGGAGACAAUGAGCGAUUCACCCUGACCAUUCUGAAGGCCUGCAGUAAAGAUCUGGGACUGUACAAGUGCACCCUGACCACCUCCAACAUCUCUGUGUCUACAUCAGAAUAUCACCUCACUUCUGAGGUUCUCAUGGAACUUGUCAUCUCAAGUCACGAUCAAACAGCCGAGCCCAGGAUUGUGGAUGGAGAUGAGGAGAACAUCCAGUGCACCCCGCUUCUCUUUAAAGAAGAUUUUCUGUCAGAUCAGAACUUUGGAGAAAAUCAGCCCGCAAGCAUCGUAACAGAGAAAAUUCAUUUUGGUGAAGGAAUGCACCGGAAGGCCUUCAGGACCACUCUGAGAGCAGGCAAGCUGCCACGUUUCAACCCCGGCCACCCCUGCGUCAUGAAAGUCCACAAUUCCAUCGGCUACGGGACCAAAAACACAGAGGAAAUCGUAAAGAAGAACUACAGUCUAGCUGUGGAGGAAUGUCACGUGCAGAAUACUGCCAGAGAAUAUAUAAAAGCAUAUAAUCAUGUGGCCAAGAAUGCAGAAUCAUUUGGUGAAGUGCCAGAAAUCAUCCCCAUUUAUCUGGUCCACCGGCCCUCUAAUGACAUCCCUUACGCCACGCUGGAGGAGGAGCUGCUGGGAGACUUUGUGAAGUAUUCAGUGAAGGAUGGGAAGGAGAUCAACCUGAUGCGCAGGGACUCGGAGGCGGGUCAGAAAUGUUGUGCGUUUCAACAUUGGGUAUACACUCAGACCGAAGGAAACCUGCUUGUUACAGAUAUGCAAGGUGUUGGUAUGAAGUUGACAGACGUUGGCAUUGCCACCUGUAAGAAAGGUUAUAAAGGAUUCCGGGGAAAUUGUGCCACUUCUUUCAUCGACCAGUUUAAGGCUCUACAUCAGUGUAACAGAUACUGUGAGUUAUUAGACUUGCAGUCUCUGCAGCCCAAACCCAAACGGACUGUUCCUCCAAAACCAAAAGCACAGCCUGCACCCAAGAAAAAUCCCUUCGGCUCUGUGCUGAACGGCAAAGCCUGAUUGAAGAGAAACGCUGAACUUGCUUUGUCUGUGAAUUGAGUUUGAAGACUCAUGAAGAGGUUUGGUGCGUGUUGCCUUGAUCAGUGACACGAGUGAUGCUGGAAGAGAUGAUAUUCAUCUGUGAGGACAUUAAGAGAGAUUGUUUUGUUGAACAUUUUGUUGUAUUUUUAAAGAGGCUGUUGCUUAUUUUUAUAUAAAAUUAUUUCUUUCAGAAAAUUUUCCGCCUAGGGCAUGUUACAUUUGCAACGUUGAAAUUUGUAUUUUUUUAUGGUGUCAGCUUUUUGAAGUUACCUAAAAACCUUUAGAGCUGCCUGGUGUUUUAGGUUAGAUAAACCAGUAUUUAAUAACAAUGAACUGGAAACUCAUGCUGGUGCAUUACGUGCAAUAAAAGGGCAAGUGAAAAGUGAAGCUUUAGCAAUAUACUUAAUAUUUUACCACUUGACAUUUUUAAAGGUAAAAUAUACAUUUGAUAAAUCUUGACUGUAACAAUCACCGCUUUGUGCACAGUCAACCGUCACCGGUCGUUUGUGUAAAUCAACAGUAUGCUGAUGGUCUCAUAGGAGAAUGAUGGUACGAUACAGUAGUAAAUAUGAUGUUAUGGAAGAAUCUGUACUCUUGCCCCAGUAAACAGCUGUUGAUUUGCCUCUUCAAGAAUGACAAGCUCUCCACCUUCACCUCUCAAUCUUCCAAAGUCAAAUGACCUACAGUAUUGACUCAUUACUAUAUAUAAAUGCACACACACGUUGGCCAUAUACAGUUUGCUGUUGUAAAGCUUAAGCUGUAAGACUGUAAUCCCUAAAAUUGUUGAAAACUGUGAUUUAUUUGCAUGUGCAUUCUUUCGCUAGUUCAUGCAAAUCUAGAUAAUCUAUCUCUAGAGUCUUAUUCUUUAUAGUCAGUAUACUGAGAAAUCAGGGUUAAGGUUGCUUUGCCAAAUCGGGAUUGAGGGUUAUCAGAAGCUGGGCUUGUUUGGACCACAGUCCUUCUAUGUUGACUAAGUUGUUGUCCUGUGAAUGAUUUGUAUACAUAUAUUUUUUCCUAUCACACAAGAAAUUAAAGUUUUUAUCCUUGGAUUUGGUUUAUUAAAAUGACCUUGACAU